AUGCACAUUUGGAGGCAAUCGAGUAUCUCUUUUUUAAGCAGGUUUGCAACUCUGACCCCAACCAUUACCAUCCUUUUCUCUGCUAUGCCGCAAAAGACCACCAACGCUCGCGCUUGGGGCACUCGUUUCGACACUCUCCCUUCUUCUCCUCCUUCUUCCCCACCGCCACCCAACGCUGAGGUCAUCGGUGGCACACCCAGCGCUGACGCAUCGACAUACAAAAAGACAGAGAAAGCGGUGACUCCCCACGACGCCAGCGUCUUCGUUGGCAGUCUCCCCACCAACAUCGAACACAACGAACUCACUCGUCUGCUCGGGGAACACUUGUCCGAGCACACUGAAAUCAAGAACCUCAAGAUCAUUCGAGAUUCCAAAGGCGGCGUCUGUGCAUUCGUCCAAUGCGAGGAUGCAACCGCUGCUGCGUCGUUGAUUCACACACUCCAAACUAGCGUCCCGAAACCAUUCUUUGGUCGUAUCCUACGCUACGAGCCAGCGCGAGCAUUCCGCACAUUGUUCAUUUCCUACCGUCCACCUAUCCAGUACAAAAGCGAUGGGGAGGCCAUCGCCCUGGAUCUCCCCCAUGCUAUGCGGAUGUGGCGUCCGCGUAAUACCAAAUAUCUAUCUAUCCUUUACAACAAUGAGGCCAUUGAGGCUGAGAACAGCGCCGUCUGCGACCCCAACUGUGAGCCGGUCUUGUUCUUGCAGCCAGUGAUUCUGGACCAAACGACCCUCGAGCGUCUCUGUGCUCACUUUGGUCCACUCGAACACUUUUCGGUGCUCAACAAGCUGAACGUGGAAGAGGACCAGGAAGUAAAAUCGACCACGCGAUCUUAUCCUCAGCCACACGAUGGGCCCCGUCUUCCUGGUAUGAACCCAGGCUGUUUCGAGGUUAAGUGGGUCCACCGCGACGACUCGGUCAGCGCGUUAAUGACUUUGCGACGCGUUCCUCAUCUCACCGUCUCAUGGGCGCAUCAACCUCAAAGCGGACCUGACUUCUACCAAAACCGUCCUCCCAGCAACCAUCCUCUCGACGUCCAAAAUAACGCACGAGCCUCCUCCAAUCAUCCGACGCCAAUCAUGCCUUCCGAAACUGACGUCUUCUCGAAUUCCAGGGCGAGUCCUGAGAACUGGAACGCCAAUGGCUCGUUCGACGAGACCAAAGCCGGAGUAGAGUGGACUUCGGAUGUGCAUUUCCCACCCCUGGGAGAUCGCAAAUCGGAUCGCAGAGCACAACGUGGCGUGUGGGCAGACAACAAGAAGCCUUCUGCUCAUGCGGCGCUCGAGCCAACGGAAAGCAGGCCGUCGUCAGCUCUUUCCGUGGUCAUCGCUGGCAAAAAUGGUCAUAACGAGCUGUCCACCACCGCCAGCGUCGAAGAGAACGAAAAUACCCAAGAAGGGGACGAACCUGAGACUCCUGGUCUUGGAAUGUCUCCAGUCACGCCAAAGACCAACGACUCGCAACAAUUUCCAACAACGCCAGCCACGAGCGUCAGCGAGGACGACACUACUGGCAAGGACGCGAGCUACUUCCCUGGUGGAGAGCCCAAAGGCAUUGAUCCGACAUCUCUUUUUGUCGGCGGCCUCGAGAUGUAUGGACCUGACGCUUGGGAUGAACAUCGUGUGACUGCAUUGUUCGAAAAAUAUGGUGGGUUGCAGAGCGUGAGGGUCGUCAAGCCAACGAACGCGAAAGCUGCAUUUGCGUUUGUCAAGUUCAACAACACGGAGUCUCCUGCUCGUGCUGUGAUGAACGAGCACAACUCAGUUCAUCAUGGUCGAACCAUCCGAGUCCAACUCCGAGACUGCAACCCUCCCCGAGGAAGUUUUCGAUUCCAUGGUCGUGGAACUGCUCGUGGGCGACACCCGCAUAUGAAUUAUGGCCAGCGUCGCUUCCAGGAGAAUCCUGAGGGAGAUAUUAUGGCUUCCAACCAAGUCGGGCAUCGGCAGUCAACUGCCGAGUUUGAGCAGUCCAAGUUUGAAGCCCAAUCUCGUUCGGCACCAGUCUCACGCCAUACUUCGCCUGAGCCGGAGAUCAAACUAGAGCAAGCUACGGGUGAAUGGUACGAUCAGCCGACCUCGGCAACCAUGACACCGCCGCCCCAUGCCGGAAUUCCGCUCGGCUCGGGGUCACCAUACCCCAUGCCUGGUGGGGGCUAUUACCAGGCACCUUGGCCGCAUGCCUUCCCUCAACAAGUUCCAUAUGUGUCCUACUAUCCAGGCUACCCUGCCGGAUAUCCAAUGCCGACACAUCAAGGCCAUCAUUCCCAACAGUUUGCUAGCCCUGUUGGCUCUGAUGCGAGCGGCCCGGCUUCUGCUGCGCCUCGUCCAUGGCCGAUGUACGGAUACUAUAAUCUUCCUUAUCCAUAUGCGACGGCGCAAACUUCUGGCGAGAAGUCUCCCAGCCAGUCGCAGGCUCCGUUGCAGCCUACUGGUUUCAUUCAAAAUGGAGCUGGAACCCUCAUUCCUCUCUAUCAACCGGAAGCUCUGGACCACUACAUGACGUCGAACCACAUAAAUCAGUCUGUGUCAGCUCAGACUCAGCAACCAGUCCCACAACAGCAAGGCCCUCCCGCUGUCCCCGUUGCUCAUGGCACUCCUCAAUUCGCUCAAUAUGCCCCUCCGGGUUAUGCAUAUCCCAACGCGAUGCCACCCAUGAUGGGAAUGCAGCCCCGUCCAUUCCCAGCAAUGACCGAAGCUGCCUGGGUCGCGCAGUCGCAAGUCAUGUUGAGCCAAGGAAAUUCGCCCAACAUCCCUUCGCUGCCGUUCCGUGGCCAACAAUUCCCAGAUGUGAAUGCUGGUAAUAAUGGACCAAACAACAAUCGCCGUCAAGGACCUGGUGGUCGACGGGACCAGGGCGGUCACAACCGUGGCGGACAGCCCAAGGGCAUGGCGGGCCGCCAACACCAGAAUCGGGCUGGAGGGAGUUUGCAGUUCCAUCCCAAUGGCGAGCUUCCUCAGCAUCUUCCUCGCGCUCCGCAGUUCCCGACGCUUGCCACCGACCACGGACACGGCCAAUGGAUCUCAACCACCGCGCAUCAGUAA